UACUGUGAUAACAACCUGUGUACUGUGAUACAUUGAAAGUUUUGUGCAGACCGUGGUUAUUACAAUUGUCAUAAAAAUGUUUACGAACUAAUUUCAUCACAAUCCAUUUUAGUAACUACAGAAAACAGAAAUGAUGAUCAAUAUCUGUCGAUAUAUGUUAUCAUACAACUAAAAACAAACAACAUAUUGACGUUUAGACAAAGUGCAAAUGACACCAUUUUCUUGUUUCACGGAUACAUAUUGACCCAAAAUGAGGUUGAUUGGAGGAUUUAUUAACCUUCAACCCAUGCUCUUGGUUACCAUCGUUAUGGCGUCAGCGUACAACCCAUCAGUCAAAGUAGAGAUGUGCACAGAGACUGCAUUAUCCUUGACGCUAGAGGGCGCUGAAAAUGGCGGCAUUAUAUACAUCAAGGGUACAGGAGCUACGUGCAAGCAGGACACAGUCAAUGUCACGACAGAGCUUGAGUUUGUCUUCGACGCAUGCGGCAUUGAUCCAUAUGCGGCAUUUUCUGUGGUAGUCCAGAAGAAGCCUCAUUAUCAAACCGGAAAUGACAUCGUGGUUCCUGUCCAGUGUCUGUACGACUUCACAAUCGAGCUGAGCGGAAGCGAAACGGUUGCUAGGGAAGGAGUGGACGAGCAAGGGAUAAACGUGACGGUCAGACCUACUGCCACGAUGACAUUGUACACAAAUGGACUGGAGGUGACCGCUGGUCAAGUGGACCUUACAGAUCUACUGACCAUGUCGAUUCAACUCGGGUCAGAGUACAUUGCGGACCUCGACUUGAAGGCGAAAUAUUGCACAGCUAAUACAUUGGAAGUUAUCGAAGACUUCUGUUCUACGGAUACCGAGCUGUUCCCGAACUUUGUCCAUCCUGUACAGGGCGUAAUCGCUACUUCCUUUGGGGCUUUUAGGACAACCGACCUCAAUGGCGGGGUCGUUGACAUGGUUUUCUCUUGUACACUUCAGCUUUGUCUCGGCACGUGCUCCCAAAUGGAUUGCGCUAAUGGAGAGUCCGGAUAUGGGAGAAGGAAACGCUUUGCAGAUAAUGAUGAAAAAGGAAACAGAAAAAUCAAGAGUAGUGCUGAUCCAGAUGAGCAGUUUGUUGAGAGACGGAAAAAGCGUACGAUUGAUGAAGACGAUAUUGCGUUUGAAAACAUGAAUGUCGGAGCUGUCAUCGGUGUCGGAAAUACACUUGUUAUUGACGAAACAGGUGAUGUCACAGACGAUAUCUGCAUUCACGUUGGACUCCUGGUAAUUUCGGGAACUCUCGUGGUCUUUCUUGUCAUCGGUUGUUCGGUGUCAAUGGUGUCAUUGUUCAACAAACAUCGAAAAGGAGAAGCUAAAAAACAACCAUCUAAACCGGAAGUGACAAAAACAGACGUUUCUGUUUGCACUCCAGCCUCACUUUCAACUUCUCGCUUCGGAACAACUUCUACAAGAAGAUUUAGUGGACAGUUUAUACCUGUUUAACAUGAUGUUCUCGCUCCAACAACGUUGCAUUGUCAGUUA